CAGUGAUAGUUGGCAUUGAAUGGCAGCUCAGAUGGGCACUGAAAUGUGUCACUAAUGUGCAUGGGUAGGCACUGAUAUGUGGCAUUGAUGUGACACUGAAGGGCGCUGGCAGGUGGCAUUGAUGGGCACUGACAGGUGGCAUUGCUGGACACUUACAGGUGGCACUGAAGGGGCUACACUGAUCAUCAGGGCACUGAUCAUCAGUGCCCUGAUGCAGCUGUCACGCUGACAGCUUGUGAGGAGAGGAAUGCUGAUAACUGGCAUU